CCUCCUCCUGCUGUCUGGGUUAAAGAAAAGAGACUGGGUCACAGAGGCAUGUGGAAGUGUCUGCAGCCGAACAGCUGAGGACUCUGAGCCUGCGAGAGGGGGAGCAGCAGUACAGUGUGCAUGUGCUGAGGGGAGCCAACUGCAGCAAGCCAGGGGGUUCUGGCUGUGCACCCAGGGCGGGCAGGCUCCAACUCGGGCAAUGUUGCUCUCUCCUCCGCUUGGCCCAGCUACUCUGCAGUAAAGAGGGGGCCUCCUUUUGUUCACCAAGUGCAUUUCUCCUCCCCCCCCCCGCCUUCCUCCUUUCCCUCCCUAUCUUCCCCCUUUCCUACCUGCCUUCCUUCCCUCCCUCUUCUCCCCUAUGGGCCUUGCAUGGUCCUGCAUGUUGUUGGACACCGCAGCAGCCCCAGUCCUGCAGGCUCCGGAGAAGAAACACAAAGUCCGCAGGGGUCAGUCUGUAGCUGCUGCUAGGAUUGCAGACAAGUUUUGUUUGUCCGGCUCCUCCAGGAACUGCAAAGCUUAAAAGCCCAAGGCUGGCUGGAGCUUCUUUAAAACGCUGGGGUUGUUGGAGUGGUCGAAUUUUUCCUGGAAUUGAGUGAGAAAUUCAGAAGACUGAAGCCCAGGCUUACUGUCUACCUUUCACGGAGGCCCAGCCGUGAGAGGACAGAAGAAGGCACGUGGCGAAUCAUGACAGCUGACAAAGAGAAGGACAAAGACAAAGAGAAGGACAGGGACCGGGACCGGGACAGGGAACGGGACAAGAGAGAGAAAGUGAGAGAGAGCGAAAACUCCCGUCCUCGUCGGAGCUGCACUUUGGAAGGAGGUGCCAAGAAUUACGCCGAAAGUGACCACAGUGAAGAUGAGGACAAUGACAACAACAGUGCAACCACAGAGGAGUCCACCAAGAAAAAUAAAAAGAAGCUGCCGAAGAAGAAAUCUCGCUAUGAGAGAACCGACAGUGGUGAAAUAACUUCCUUCAUCACGGAGGAUGAUGUUGUCUACCGGCCUGGAGAUUGCGUAUAUAUUGAAAGUCGCCGGCCGAACACCCCAUACUUUAUCUGCAGCAUUCAAGACUUCAAAUUGAGCAAACGGGACCAUCUCCUUAUGAAUGUCAAAUGGUACUAUCGCCAGUCGGAAGUCCCAGAUUCAGUCUACCAGCAUUUGGUUCAGGACCGACACAACGAGAACGAUUCUGGACGAGAGCUUGUUAUUACAGAUCCAGUGAUCAAGAAUCGAGAGCUCUUUAUUUCAGAUUAUGUUGACACUUAUCAUGCUGCUGCCCUUAGAGGGAAGUGUAAUAUCUCCCAUUUCUCUGACAUAUUUGCUGCUAGAGAGUUUAAAGCCCGAGUGGAUUCAUUUUUCUACAUAUUGGGCUACAAUCCAGAGACAAGGAGGCUGAACAGCACCCAGGGCGAGAUCAGAGUUGGACCCAGCCAUCAGGCCAGGCUUCCAGACUUGCAGCCAUUUCCUUCUCUGGAUGGCGACACUGUGACACAACAUGAAGAACUUGUGUGGAUGCCAGGGGUCAAUGACUGUGACCUGCUUAUGUACCUCAGGGCAGCAAGGAGCAUGGCAGCUUUUGCAGGGAUGUGUGAUGGAGGAUCCACAGAAGAUGGCUGUGUUGCAGCCUCUCGCGAUGACACUACGCUCAAUGCACUCAACACACUACAUGAAAGUAACUAUGAUGCUGGAAAAGCCCUGCAGCGCUUGGUGAAGAAGCCUGUGCCCAAACUGAUUGAGAAGUGUUGGACUGAAGAUGAAGUGAAACGCUUCAUUAAAGGGCUGAGACAGUACCCGCAAGAACUUCUCAGAUCCUGAAAGAAGGUUUUGCCUGAUAAGGAAACUGGAGAACUAAUUACUUUCUAUUACUAUUGGAAGAAAACCCCUGAAGCAGCAAGUUCCCGAGCCCACCGUAGGCAUCGAAGGCAGGCUGUGUUUCGGAGAAUUAAGACUCGAACUGCUUCCACUCCAGUCAACACUCCCUCCAGGCCCCCCUCUAGCGAAUUCUUGGACUUGAGCUCAGCCAGUGAAGAUGAUUUUGACAGCGAGGACAGUGAACAGGAACUGAAGGGUUACGCCUGUCGUCACUGCUUCACAACCACCUCCAAGGACUGGCACCACGGCGGUCGCGAAAACAUCUUGCUGUGCACUGACUGCCGCAUCCACUUCAAGAAGUACGGAGAGCUCCCGCCCAUCGAGAAACCAGUGGACCCUCCGCCCUUUAUGUUUAAGCCUGUCAAAGAGGAAGAUGAUGGACUCAGCGGAAAGCAUAGCAUGAGGACGAGGCGGAGUCGAGGCUCGAUGUCUACACUACGUAGUGGUCGUAAAAAGCAGCCAGCCAGCCCCGAUGGUAGAGCCUCACCCACCAACGAAGACAUCAGAUCCAGUGGCCGCAACUCUCCCAGUGCUGCUAGCACCUCCAGUAAUGACAGCAAAGCAGAUUCUGUGAAGAAGUCCACCAAAAAGAUAAAAGAAGAGGCAUCUUCUCCUCUCAAGGGUUCCAAGCGCCAGCGGGAAAAGACAGCAUCUGACACAGACGAACCAGAGAGAACCACUGCCAAAAAAUCCAAAACUCAAGAGAUCAGCAGGCCAAACUCUCCCUCAGAGGGCGAGGGCGAAGGCGAAAGCUCGGAUAGUCGCAGCGUCAAUGACGACGGGAGCAGCGAUCCAAAGGACAUUGACCAGGACAACCGAAGCACGUCACCCAGUAUUCCCAGCCCCCAGGACAAUGAGAGUGACUCAGAUUCAUCUGCUCAGCAGCAGAUGCUACAGGCGCAACCUCAAGUGCUCCAGGCACAGAAUGUCCCUGCCCAGGCUCCACCUUCUACCCCGCCCAUAUCAACACAGUUACCAACACCCAUGCCAGCAGCAUCAAGCACCCCUACAGCUCCGCUGCAGGUUUCACUAUCAGUGUCUCAGCCUCCCAGCCAAUCCCCAGCGCCGCUGCCACCUCACUCUCACAUACAGCAGGCCCCUGCUUUGCACCCUCAGAGACUCCCUUCACCACACCCGCCACUACAGCCUUUGACUGUGUCUCAGACUCAACCCCAGUGUCCUGCCUCAUCGCAGCCACAUUCACAGCCUCCGCUUCAUGGCCAGGUCCAGCCUGUCCCUCAUAACCUGCAGGCCCAGCCUCUCCUGCCUCAUCCAGUACCUCCUCAGUCUUUCUCUCUCCCCUCACAGCCUUCUCAGUCUCAGGUUCCCCUUCAGACGCAGGCUGCUUCUCACCCUCAUGCUGCUUUGCAGGUUCAAGCAGUGCAGCCUGCCCUGCAAGCGCAGGCUCCACUGCAGCAACCGCAACCCGCUCGGGAGCAGGCCCUGCCUCCAGCACCCAUGGCCAUGCCUCACAUCAAACCCCCUCCUACUACCCCAAUUCCUCAGCUUCCCACUCCCCAGUCCCACAAGCACCCUCCCCACCUCUCCGGGCCAUCUCCAUUCUCCAUGAAUUCCAACCUGCCGCCACCACCUGCUCUGAAACCUCUGAGCUCCCUUUCCACCCAUCACCCUCCUUCUGCGCACCCUCCUCCCUUGCAGCUGAUGCCUCAGAGUCAGCCACUGCAGUCUUCUCCAGCCCAGCCUCCAGUCCUGACUCAGAGUCAGAGUCUUCCACCGGCAGCAAGCCACCCCCCAUCCAGUCUCCAUCAGGUAUCCUCCCAGGCACCCUUUUCUCAGCAUCCAUUUGUCCCUGGGGGCCCACCUUCCAUCACUCCUCCAUCCUGCCCCUCCACUUCCACACCACCUUCUGUUCCUGGCGUCCCAUCUCAGGCAUCUGUUGCUACCUCUGCGGCUUCCAGUGGAAACGUUCCAGUGGUGACGUCCUGCGCAAUACCGCCUAUUCAGAUCAAAGAGGAGGCUCCUGAUGAGGCAGAGGAACCAGAAAGCCCCCCUCCCCCACCCAGAAGCCCAUCGCCUGAACCUACUGUGGUUGACACACCGAGUCAUGCCAGUCAAUCAGCCAGGUUCUAUAAGCACUUGGAUCGUGGCUACAACUCAUGCGCAAGGACAGACCUGUACUUCAUGCCUCUGGCAGGAUCCAAACUGGCCAAGAAGAGAGAGGAGGCAAUCGAGAAGGCCAAGCGGGAGGCAGAGCAGAAAGCAAGAGAAGAGAGGGAGAGGGAGAAAGAGAAGGAGAAAGAGAGGGAGAGAGAGCGGGAGCGCGAAAGAGAAGCAGAAAGAGCGGCGAAAGUGUCCAGCUCCUCCCAUGAAGGUCGCCUUGGGGAGCCCCAGCUCACUGGACCAACUCACAUGAGACCUUCAUUCGAACCUCCACCCACAACCAUCGCCGCUGUUCCUCCUUACAUAGGUCCAGACACGCCUGCGUUACGGACUCUUAGCGAGUACGCCCGUCCUCACGUAAUGUCGCCAACAAACCGCAACCACCCAUUCUUUGUUCCCCUGAACCCCACCGAUCCUCUCCUGGCCUACCACAUGCCCGGCCUCUAUAAUGUAGACCCCACCAUCCGGGAACGGGAGCUCCGGGAGCGCGAGAUCCGGGAGCGUGAGAUCAGGGAAAGGGAGUUGCGAGAGAGGAUGAAACCAGGCUUUGAGGUGAAACCACCCGAACUCGAUGCACUGCACCCAGCUACCAACCCCAUGGAGCAUUUUGCCAGGCACGGCGCACUGACUAUACCCCCAACAGCUGGACCCCAUCCGUUUGCUUCCUUCCACCCGGGUUUGAACCCCCUUGAAAGGGAGAGGCUUGCACUGGCAGGCCCCCAGUUACGGCCUGAAAUGAGCUACCCUGACAGACUGGCCGCAGAAAGAAUACACGCCGAGCGGAUGGCGUCGCUCACCAAUGACCCACUGGCACGGCUCCAGAUGUUCAACGUGACGCCUCACCAUCACCAACAUUCACACAUACAUUCGCAUCUACACCUCCAUCAGCAGGACCCGCUACAUCAAGGUUCAGCAGGACCUGUUCACCCGCUGGUGGAUCCCUUGGCAGCUGGACCCCACUUGGCACGUUUUCCCUACCCUCCUGGUACCAUCCCCAACCCACUGCUAGGGCAGCCACCACACGAGCAUGAAAUGCUCCGACACCCAGUCUUCGGUACCCCCUACCCACGAGACCUGCCUGGUGCUAUCCCACCUCCAAUGUCAGCAGCCCAUCAACUGCAGGCCAUGCAUGCCCAGUCAGCAGAGCUGCAAAGACUGGCUAUGGAGCAGCAGUGGUUGCACGGGCAUCCCCACAUGCACGGGGGGCACCUACCAAGUCAGGAAGAUUAUUACAGUCGACUGAAGAAAGAAGGUGACAAACAGUUGUAAUAAAUUAUUUAUUUGUAAUGCCGGCUAUGGAAACCCCAGUCCUUGGGAAGGAAUGGAACGUUUUUUACAUACAAUAAGAGCUGCAAAAGAAUAUCUUAUAAAGAUUUCUUUAUAUAUUUAAAUCUAAAGAAAACACCCACCUCCCCUACCAACAGCUAAAGACUUACUGGCAUAAAUAGUGUUCAUUUGUAGAGAAGAUUUCUCAAGACUGGUGUGGGCUUCCCUGCAUGACCACCUAUUCAGAAGCCUAUUGAAAAUACAGGACUGUUUGGAAUUCUCAGAGAACUACCCUGCAAUCUUGGGGGGGUUGUUUUUGACUGAUUUUGGGUAGGUGCUAGAAUCAGGUUCACAACGCGACAGUCACUGUGCGUGAAGAGACACUCAAUGCAUCUAUAUAUAUAUAUAUAUAUAUAUAUAUAUAUAUAAAAAAAAAAAAAAAACAGAAAAAAAUAAGGAUUGCAAGUAGGUGGCAUAACAAGCUCUGAAUCCAAGUGCUAUAAUAAUAAUAAAAAUUACUUUUAUUUUAAUACAUUGUAGGAAAUCUUCAUACUUUUAAAGAGAGCUCAGUUCUUCAGCAUGGCUUUUUAAGUCUGUAAAUAAUGUUUUGGGUGAUUGGGGAGGAAAAAUAAGCAAACUCCACAAACAUAACAAUCUUGAUUUUCAGUAACAUCACAAAUCCUGGUAGUGAUAGAAUACAGAGUUGAUUUUUAAUAAAAAAUAAAUAUAUAAUUAUCCCUUUAAUUAAAGGGAAAUGAGGGAUGUCAAUAAUUUCAAAUGGGCAAAUGCUUGAAGUUUGAUUUGGUAGCAAUUCAAGGCAGUUGCAGGGAUAAUGUUACAAAUGACUGUUUCUGUUCUGUUUUUUUUUCCCCAUUAUCGUUAUAUCUUUCCAUUGUGUAGAUGAUUUUUGUUGAGUUCUGUUCUCAGCAGUACAGAUGUCCCUUGGAACUGGCUUGCCCUUUCUGUCUCUAACGCAGAGGUUAUUGUUAAAUUUGGCUGUAGUCUGCCUCCUUCUACUGUCUUUUAAAAACAAUUGUCUCGCUACAUUUGUGUUAAGCUAUCUCUUUAAAUUUUAGCAAGUAUUACCAAAAUUCUAAGAAGUAAUAUCUUCCUUUAAAUAAGAUGUGUAGCUCAGACUAUUAAAGUCAGGGUUAUGUGAGUAGACUUGUUGAAUGAGGCCCACUUUCUCUGGCUUUUGUUUUACAUAUUUCUAAGUGGAGACUAGACAAUUGGACUACAGAGUUGUGUUUUUAAAGUUCCUUCACAAACACCAGUAAUCUAAAUUUAACCUGUCUCGUACUGAAGGCUGCUUGUUUUUGGUUUUUUCCUAACCUCUCUUAAGGGUUUGUGUAUCAAGGAACCUGCUGCUGUGAGACUAGCCAGAGGUGUUCAGUAAUAUUGCUGACUCCCAACCCAACAGGUUCAUGCUGAAUGGCCCAGAUUGGCUGGAAGAAGAACUUUUUGCCCAUGUUUGUCCAUGGCUGAUAUAUGGCAAAGGAGAGAGGGCACACACAGUAGAAUAAGCAUAUAUUUUUGUAGAUAGCUUUGCGCACUGCCAAAGCCAAGAUGCACAUCUUUCUUGCACACACCCCCACUCUCACACACCAAAACCAUAUUUUUGUUGUUGCAUUAGCCAUGUUUUUGAUAAGGCAGAGGGUGGCGGAUCCAGAGAACAUCUGCAUCUGCUGGCCAUGUUUUCUACUGGUACAUAACCUCUUCCAUUCUCUCUCUUAACUCUUUGAGGGCUGUAGCUCUGCUGUGGUAGACUGUUAUAUGUGGUGGUCAUGUUAUAGGACUGUAUUGAGCUAUGUUAGAUAAACUUGUAGUUAAUCAUUCAGCCUUGUGGAAGGCAUGGCAUGAAUGGCGCUUCACCACCACACAGGGCAGAAACCAAUGUUACCGUGUUGCUACUCAUUGGCUGCACUGAUGGGUAGGUAAUGGCACCAAAUUAUGAAUUAAAACCUGCAUCAGGGAAUUCCAGGCUUAAUGUAUCCAUCUGUGUAGCAUGUGUGUCCAGGGAAGGAAGGCUUGUUUCAGUUCCAUCUCAUCUCUUUUCUCAUCCUUUCAUUCCAAUUUUCCUUUUAAUGCCAUUUCAGUUCCUUAGAGUGAGUCGGUCCCAUCAGAACUCUGUGUGAACUCCUGUCUGCCAAGACUCCAGUGUUUGACAGCUGGUAGUUCUCGGGCUUGGAUACCAAGAGAUUCACCCUAGAACCAGGAACGAUAGUAUUUGUACAUUACUUCCAGUCUCUGUCUAUGGUUGUUGGGUGAAAAAGCAUUAACACCUAUCCAGCAAGUGUCAUGGCAGAGGUGCUCAUAAAAUUUCCCUGGCCAUCAAAGAAAAAGCAUCAAUGUACUGAAGGCUUUAUUUAAGUGAAUUUCCAUCAAAUUUCAAUUUUUUCACUGUCUAGAGGAAAGGGCAGGCAUGACACCACCACCUAUCGUACAUGAUGCUGCCUCCCUAUUUCAGGUUUGUUUGGGGGUUUUUUAGUAAAAAGAUGUUGAUUCCUUCGUGUUGUCCUUUCUCUCUCUCCUUCCAUUUUUCCAAAGAACAAAGUAGUGCUUUGCAAUCCCUAUUCAAAAAGCUUUCCCUUGAUCUUUUUUUUGCAGCUCAGUAGAAUCUUUUAUGUUUCUGACAUCGUGGCACAAAGAAGCUCUGAGAUUCUUCCAUCUCAAUCCAAUGAUUAACUACAGCUUUAUUUGCAAUGGCUUUUGAAACCAUCUUGGUGUUCGAUGCCCUGUUGUUAUAACCCAGACCUUUUGGUUUCCUUUCAGAAAUCUUAUUUUUUCCUCUGUUUUGAAGGUUUUUUUAUUUUGCUUUAGUGUUUCUGAAACGUCUCUUGUUCUAUGUUGUCAUGGUUGAGCUUGUUUCACUGCUCCGUUAAAGCAGAGUGUACAUUCUGACUGCUACAUUUAUAUAUAUCUUGAAGCUUAAUGUAUAUAUGAGUAGUUUGCCAUGGGAUAACACAGUGUAAACAGAGUAGAAACCCAGAAAUUGUGACUUCUGUGUUCUCUCCAUUUGAGUAUUUUGUAAUUUUUCUGAAAUAUUUGUGGACAUAAAUAAAACCAAGCUACACUACAGCA